CAUACAAAAGGGAUAUCUAAAAUGACGCAAAUCGCCCACUUGUCGAAGGAACGGCCGGGAGAGGCCUUUGAAGCAUUCCGCCACUCACGCUUCGGUGGUAACCCAGUGUUGCCAACAUCCGUGCAAGUAGCUACGCCCCCGAGAUGUGCUGUAUGCCAACGUGAACUGUUGUUCCUGAUGCAGCUUGCUACACCUUACAAACACGAUGUUGACCGAGUACUAGUAAUCUACUUUUGCCCGGAGCAUUCCGAGGCAAGCGAAGGGUGGUCUAUUUACAGAUAUACCAUGAGUUCAUCGGUACCGGGAAUUGUAGCUAGCACAUCUGCAUUUGACGAGAUGAACGCCUUGUCAAGUUGGGUCAGCGAUAUCGACCUUGUACCCAGUAGUCACGUGGGUGAUCAUAUUGCCAAUGACUCGUCAAAUGCAUACCGAGUGAUUGUGGAAGAGGAUUUUAUAAAUCCAGCAUUAGAGUUCAAAGGCAUUGACGACCAGCGGCUUUACCAGUCAUACAGGCAUCGCAAUCGCUCUGAACUGGACGAAGAGGAUCACAUGGACUUUGAUCAACUGGAUUCCAUGGCUAAUACCGAUGACGAUUCUUCCAUGGACUCUGACCCAGAGGAUAUGAUAGAUACCAUGUUAAUGGAGUUCCAGCAUUACGUCAGCCUGCGUCCCAGCAGUGUACUGCGCUACGAUUGGAGUGGCAUUCCGCUAUUGCUGGAGCGUACUUCUCCACCAGCAAUCGUGUGUAACGGAUGCAAUGGACCAGUGGCAUUCGAGUUCCAGCUGCUGCCGCCAUUCACCAAGUAUAUUGCCCAUCACAUAACGCGCCGAGCGGCCAUGCAUAUAGCGUCUGUACUAUUUUACACGUGCCGGAACGACUGCAUAACCGCAAACAGCGGAAUACAGGAACAUGCCUACGUGCUACUAUACGUCUAGAAUAUAUAGUCAGCACCGGCGUACAUAGCCC